UUUGAUGUUUAUGCCUAUCAUCCAGAUAGUAAAGGAAGACAGGUCAGCUUUUCCAACGGGCCACAUCAGAACUUCAAGUCACAGUAACACGACCUGCCAUGGAGAAGACAGCUGCUACUGACUUCAACCCUGCGGGCCACUUCGACCAACUCUCGGCCAAAUACGACGAUCUGAUCGGCCUCAUGACCGGCGACAUUGCACGCUACACCUUGCGGGCACUCAUCGAACCACCGACUUCAGACAUGGUGCUCCACGACAACGCCUGCGGCACGGGUCUUGUGACAGAAUACCUCCAGCAAGUUUCCUCCCAGACGGGGACUUACCCCAAGAUGGUCCACGCAACGGACUUUGUGCCGUCCGUCACUAAAAUCAUGCAGCGCAAGGCGACGCAGCAGCACUGGAAGAACGUCGACAUCGCGGUCAUGGACAGCCAGGAGCUCGCCUUCCCGGACGGCUCCUUCGACCUGAGCAUCACCAACUUCGGCAUCUUCUUCCUCCCCGAUCCGCAGAGAGGGGCGGACCAGAUCCACCGCACGCUGAAGCCCGGAGGCGUCGCGGUCGUCACGGCGUGGAAAGAGCGGAGGAUGAUGGACACGAUCGCCGCCGCGCAGAAGGUCAUCCGGCCGGAUCUGAAGGGCCUGUCCAGCCCGUGGGCGGAGCUCUGGGCCAAGGAGGACACGCUGCGAGAUGUUCUCGUCAAGGCCGGGUUCGAGGCCGACAAUGUGCGGAUCGUGGAGCAAAGGACAGAUGCGGUGGUCGACGCGUUCCUCCGGGAUCCUGAGAUGGUCGCACGGUCUUACCCUGCGGCCGUGGAGGGAUGGAGUGAAGAGGAGAAGGCCAGGUUAGGGCAGGAGAUCUUGAGGAUUGCGCGCGAAAGGGAUCCCGAAGGCCGAGGGGUUGGUAGUCUCUACUCCGUCGCGUACAUCGCGAUAGCGAAGAAGUAGGCG